AUGAUAUUGAUGAUGAUGGUGUUGUUGAUGUUGAUGAUGACAUUGACAGAGGCUAGCAAGUUACAGUUGUCAUCUCAAUGUGCAAGAUAUGAUACAUAUGAUUCAUUCCUUGUGGAUACACAUAGAUUCUCAAGAUGUGUACUUCGUUCACCUGAACACCGCUUGAAGGCAUUCGAGCAGCUGUUUCAUUCAUUCUCUGCACAACAGUAUUCAACAGACAUCAUGAAGAAUGCUCUCUCCAAGAAGCUUAUCAAGCCCAAUGAGCCCAUUGUCAUCAUGUCCACUGGAGAUCAUGGACUGGGAAAGACAAGGUCAGCCAAGUUGCUAUACUCUGCAAUGUUUGAGAAUGCUCAUUUGAAUAACAAUGGCGAUGGUCUGCUCAUUAUACAUGGCGAAGAAUAUAGGUUGGUUCGUGGCAAUGACGAGCCUGCAGUGACCAGAGCAAGAAGGGAUCUGCACGACAAGAUAAGGGCACAGUUGGACAAGUGUCCAGAGUCACUCAUACUGCUGGACGAGAUACAAAAGAUACAUCCUGAUGUACUCAGUGUAUUGGAGCCAUUCUUUGAAGGCUUGACAAUGUCCAACAAUGUCAUUACCAAUCGUGCCAUCUAUGUGCUCACCUCUGACUUUGGACUCGAGGGCUCGACCAAAGGCAAGACCUCUGCCGAGGUAGUUGAGAUGGUUAUAAAGUUCUCCAAUAUGAUAUACAAGGAUACAAAGAUUAUGAGCUUGGUCACGGAUAUUGCGCCAUUCCGUGCAUUGUCAGCGAGCGAGACUGAUGAGCUACUGUUGUAUCAUUUGGUAUCAGAGUUCUGUCAAUCUUUGAGACUGCAGGGAAUGUCCGAGUUGACCCUCACCAAUCAGGAGGCCACGAUGGCCUUCCUCAGACGACAUGUGGAGCGACUAUACGCCAGCGAGAACGUUCGUGGCAUUGAAAAGUCAGUGGAGCAUCACAUCUUGAACAAUGUCACAGUGCAUCUGGCCAACAAUCAGGCGUUGUAUAAGGGUUCGGAGCCCAUCGCCGAGCAGCCCAAUGGAUGGUUCGACAGACAUUGGCGAGAGACAGGCUGCCAUGCCAUCGUCAAUGUCGUCAACCAAGGCACUGACAAGGUGUUGGAGAUAGAGUACAAGCUGGUCACAGAAGAUCAACAUCGCGACUACCUCUCUCCCUUCAAGUUCGUGGCCAAGAAGAUACGUAUCUGGAAAUGA